ACGGGUCAACCACUGUGUGUAACUUGGGAAAGCUGACCUCAUGUUUGCACCAUAGCUAACGUUAGUGUCGUUUUACUCUCUGUAAGUAGUUUAGUUAUGAGAUAAGAAGCAGUGAAGUCAUAUUUUUCUCUCUCUGGAGGCAGACAUGUCGCAAAGGACAUACAACCAGCUGUGGGCAGAUGCUCAAUUAGAGCUGAGCCGUCUUCUAAUUGAGGAACUACCUGCUGAGCCCCCUCGCCCAGAAAAGGACAGAGUUGUGUUCUUCCAGCGUCUGGCCAUGCUCUAUGUGCGCUACAUUCAAAUCUUCAGACAGCUUGAGAAGGUCUAUGAUCAGUCGGUUCACCCUCAGAAGAGACGAGUAAUUCGGGCGACUCUUGAUAGCGUGAUAGGGAGGGUGUUGGAGCUGAAGAAUGAAAUGGUGGAAAAAGAGUUUUCAGAGUACCACUACAUGGAUGAUGUCCUUCAUGAUUUGAAGCUGACACCUGCAGACCUUGAGAUCCCUAUCCCACGCUAUUUCAUAAGUGAUCGCAGCAAAGAACUCCAAGAACGACAGACGAUGCUGACAGAUAUCAUGAAAAUGAUGGAGGUUACUGAAAGUCCACAACCUCUAAUUACCAAGGACAUGAGUCAAGAGGAGGCCAUUAAGAUCAUUCAAAUGGCAGAGAGGGCCCGCCAAGGACGCCUGAGGGCCACGUUGAAAGAAGAGAGCAGAAAUAUGAACAGGAUGUAUGCUACCAAGGACCCUGGAGCAGCUGCCAUUGAGCUGGCCGUCGUCUGCAUUCAGAAGGUGUGGAGGGGCUACGUACAGAGGAAGAGGACAAAGAUUGCUCGGAAUGACGAAAUGAUUUUUCUAGGAAUGAUCAUGGAUCCGAAAUACCAGGUGCCAUGUCCUGCAGAAAUCACGGCCCAGGCCAAUGAAGCUUGCACACGCAUUAAACAGGAGGAGCACGACAAAGACUAUCAGAAGUCUGUAGUGGCUGUCACAAACCAGCUACGAGAUGUAGAGGGUUCUGACAUGAGCAACACCAUGAAAACCCAAAUCCGACAGUGGUUCAUUGAAUGCCGUAAUGCUACAGGAUCGUUUCCAGACUACCCAGAUGAAGAGGACGGAGGCUCGGCCUUCAUUUUUGCUGAAAAGAACCCUCAGCAGUUAAUGGAGGAAAUGGCUGCAAAGGAAGAGGAGGAAGCCAACAACAAAUCAAAAGGGAAGGAAGAGAAGAAGGAAAAGGGGAAAAAGGACAAGGGCAAGGGUGAUGAGGAAGAGGAGGAGGCAGGGCUGAAGAUGCUGCCAUCGGCUUUUCUGUCAGACUUGGAAGUGCAAAACAAAAACUUCGCAGAUUUUUGGCAAAACCGCGAUGAAUCCAGAAACUUCAACCAGAGACACGAGGUGGAGCUGAUCAAGGAGGAAAAGAGGAAAGUCAUUGAGGCAGAGAUUCGACUACAGGUAGAUGAGCAGAUGAGACAAGAGCUGGCUGAAUUGAAGCUCACUGUGGAUAAAGACAAGGGUGGUAAAACUAAAGGAAAUGCCAAGAAAAAGAAAGGAUCAAAGAGUGGGAAGAAGAAAAAGAAGGAGAAAGAUUUGACAUCUGAUAGAACUCUUGAGUCUCUGUGUCAGGAGCUGGUGGAGCAGGGCUUGUUGAAGCAGGCAAAUGAAGUUAGGCUGCAGGAUUUCCUGGGUGACUACAGCUACCUCGGGACAACACUGAGGCAAAACGACAUUGAGCCCAUGCCAUCAUUGUCAGAUGUGCGGCAGGUCUUAUCUCUGUAUGCAGUUUUACCAUUAGGCUCUCAGGUGGUGCAUGAGAAGGCUCCUCUGAUAAAGGCCAUCCUGCUGGCAGGGCCGGCAGGUGUAGGCAAGAAGAUGUUGGUCCAUGCAAUCUGCCAUGAGACGGGUGCCAACCUGUUUGAUCUGUCUCCCCUGACCACAGCAGGAAAGUACCCAGGCAAGAGUGGCCUCGCCAUGAUGCUCCACAUGGUAUUUAAGGUUGCAAGAUUGCUGCAACCUUCGGUAAUAUGGAUUGAAGACGCAGAAAAAAUGUUCUACAAAAAAGUUCCCAAGGAAGAAAAAGAGUUAGAUCCCAAACGCUUGAAGAAAGACCUGCCCAAGUCUCUCAAGUUGAUCAAAGGGGAGGAUCGUGUUCUGAUAAUAGGAACAACUAAAGACCCACUAAGUGCCGACAUCAAGUCACUGUGUAAAAUGUACAGCAAAAUCAUCCUCAUCCCAAGACCUGACUACGGCUCAAGAUACAUUUUGUGGAAGCAACUGAUCAACAAGCAGGGAGGUGAUGUAACUAGGGCAUUGGACCUCAGCUCUCUUGCAAAGAUUUCUGAUGGCUACACACCAGGUCACCUGGUCAGGGUCGUCCAGAGUGUUGUCACCAAGCGUCGCAUCCUACUGCAGGCAAACAGACCACUGACUGCUGCUGAGUUUGUUGCUCCAUUAGCCAAGAUUGACCCCAUCUUUCAGGAAGAAGAAGAGGCCCUUAAAAACUGGUAUGCAAAGACCCCCCUGGGAAAGAAGAGAAUUAAAGCUGCCACAGGAAAAGAUGAAGAAGUGGCACCGGUUAAAGGCAAAAGUGCGAAGGAAAAAAAGAAAAAAUAAGCCUGUCGUCAUGUUUUUAUCACAACUGAAUGUAGACAUUUAUUGAAGCGUGAAUGUGAGUUGCCGCCUGAUAACAAAAUAAAUAAAAUUAAAAGCAG